AUGGAUGCUUCGUCUCAAUCUGAGAGGGUAAUUCUUGCAGAGAGACGCGGAGGAUUCGGUGGUGGAUCCGAUCGAUCGAUCAAUCGAUCAUCCCUCGCUUGCUUUUCCUCUAAUUGGCUUGGCGAUCACUCGGCAAGUUGUGUUGAGGAGAUAAAUCGAGUUAUCUUGGCUGGUGAAGAUGUGAAAUGGCAAGUUGAUACGUGGAGGGUUGGUUCGGUUGCUCUUCAGGUUACUCGUUCAAUUGGUGAUGAUGAUCUAAAACCGGCUGUAAUAGCUGAACUAGAAGUAACUGAGACAACAUUAUCUGAGUAUGAUGAAUACCUGGUAAUGUCUAGUGACGGCCUUUGGGAUGUGAUGAGCAGUGAAGACAUUGUGAGCAUUAUCAAGAACACUGUUAAAGUACCUGGGAUGUGUUCAAAAAGUUUAGCAACUGAGGCUGCUAAACGUGGAAGCAAAGACAAUAUUACAGUUAUUGUUAUUUUUCUGUGA